AUGAAGCUCGAACAAUCUUCAACCCCCAAGAUUACGGGUUUGAUCAGGAUCCUAACAUUGACUUCCGAGGAAGAGAACCGAGCUCAGUCCGAUCAAGUUCAAGCAAUCAUUCGAGACCGCCUUCGCAAUUUGAACUAUGACUACGCCGUGGUGCGAGCUGGACCUCACAGCACCCAGAACCAGCACGACGAGCUGGGGACGACCCCCACAUCACCUGGUACGUGGGCAAGCAGGGGGGAAAGCGCGGCGAAGAGCUUUUCCUACAAGGUCACAUUCAAUUACUUCGAGAAGGUCCAACACGACAAGAGAGACGCAGAUGACUGGCACUAUCGCUAUUUGGCGGACGCAACGAAACGCCAGUAUCCGAAGCCUGGAGAGCCGCCGGCGAUGGAGGAGUAG